AUGCAACGGCACCGGAAGAAGGACCGAACUGAGAGGGCGGCACCACCUACCAUCCAGAAGUAUCUGCAGUGUGCAGUGGGCGCGACGAGUGGACCGCCGGCGUUGACCACGAGCGAGAACCUGUACCAACCGUGUGUGGGUGGUGGAGCAGGACCGACUGGGAAGGGUUCCGGGGCGGGGGCGACCUGCUGUCGGAAGGACGAGUUGCUGUUUCGGGGGACGGGUGGACCGCGAACGGGCGGGUGUUAUCCGGAAGAUGAUCCGGAUAGUAUCGAGGUGUAUAAGGAGCAACAGCAACAGCAACAGCAGCAGCAGGGGCCUUGUGAUCAGCAACACUUCACCGGUAAAUGGUGCACCGCCAACGUGAGCCAUUUUCCGGGGGAAACGGAUGACACACCGUCCUCGCUACCCCCGGACGAUGUCGCCCUACUACCCCACCACCAAACUGACCAGCAACAACAGCAACAUCUCGUCUGCCACGCGAACACCCUCGCGACCGGAAGUGCCGAGUACUCGUACGCAUACUGCGAGCCAAUCCUGUUGCAACGACCCUCUGGCGAGGGUACAGGUGACCCUCCGCUGCACACACCCGCCUCCACACUCUCCUCAUCUGGUUCGUCGUAUUGCGUGCCAGUAUACGCCCAACGCCACCCACUACAGCAGCAUACGCCAACAUUGCCACUGUUGCAGCGUUCCUUCCGGCAACCGACAGCUACACGCACUAAUCCAUACCAAUAUGCGUAUGGACCCGCGGGUGGUAGUACGGGUGGUCCCGGUACGACCACCACCUUACACCACCACCACCACCAUCACCAUCAUCACAGCAACUAUACGCUACCCAACACGGCGGUGCCGACGACGACGACCGGUUCGUUGCGUGCCUUAUUUUCCAAUAUUUUCCGCAAGUCGUCGACGUCGACGGUACCAUCGGCGCCGACUGCCGCCCACUCAGCACCCUUCCUCGAUCUCGAGGGUGAUGGGACGCUACCACGGGGUGGUAUUGGUGGUCACCCUCCCACAAGCUCCUUAUUAGUUGCCGCCGAACGUCAUUCCUUCACGACCUGCUACGGUACGAAGGAGAACAUCUACGAGGACAUUGGCUCUCAGACGGGGCUCGGUGGGCUUGGUGAAGAGCCGCGUCCCACUCGGGACCCUACCGGGCCUACGCCAACACCUGCCAUCGCUUCUACGUCCGCAGCACCGCUACCAUUGCCACCACCGAGUGCCGCAGGAUCUCCGACAGGUCCUGGGGCUGGCUCGAGUUUGGCAGCUGAAUGGCGUCGAGUGCAGGUGCAACAUGAGCGGAUUAUUGGUGAGCUGAAUCUCUCAGUUGAGCGGCUGAUUAUGCCAUCCUGUGACGAUGAGCGGCCACACCGACCGGAAGUAGAACAAUCGGAGGGUAAAGCAACACCUGCGACAAGGACGUUCGGUCAUGGUGGGCAGAUUGGCGGACAGGUUGGAUUGAGGGCUAGCACAAAGCGGCUCUUUCCCGUCCCAACAUCGGCAGCGUCAUCGGUGUCACCACCGCCACCACCACCACCACAAACCACCAACCCAGAGCGCCAUUCUCCGACGAUCUCAUACGGGAAGUCGUAUGGGGAUGUUGAUAGUGGAAUCAGCAGCAGUAGUACGAGUGGUACGAGCUACUCCAGUAGCAUCCUGUACCGGAGUAUCACUAACUAUCAGCCACCACCGUUGGGGUCCUUGAGCAAGGAUUCGGGUCCUUUCGGGGGUGGUGUACCGAUUCCGGGAGUGCGUCCCAAACCCACCCUAUUUGGGUUGCGAUCCGGUGUGGGAUUGGCGGCUGGUGUAAGGUCAGGAAGCUGCCGAGGUGCGCGGGAAGCAAUGGGAACCGGUAUGGGAUCGCUAACGGGAGGAUCUUCCGGAGUGUCGGUUAGUGGGCUUGUCACGAAUGCACCGGAUCCACCACCCCCACCGGAUGCUGAUCCGUUUCCGUACGGUUGCACCGCACCCACUGGCCCUUAUGGUCCCUUCCAGCGACCACCCUACUCGUCGGCGUCCUCACACACACUCGCAUCCUGCUGCUUCCUGUCCGAUCACGGUCCUGGUGAGCGUUCGUUCGCUUCAGCCGCUUCGACCUGUGGGGGACGUGGAACCCGGACCACGGGCGGCGGGGGGACGUUUUGGGCGCGCUUCCGGAAACUGCGACUUCCGACGGGUGCCGGUGGAAAGCUGUUUAGUGCAAGUGACCGCCAUAUUGAUGCCGAGUUGCGAUUGGAGGACUUUGCCGCGGGAGGGCCCUUGUGGCCGGAACCGACCGCACCUCGUCCUGCUUACCUGCCGGCGUAUCAACCAUACCACCAUCAUCAUCAUCAUCACCAUGCGUCACCACUUGAGGGACCAUCCCAUCGGGCGGUGGGUGGGUCGACGAUCGCAACCGGUGCCCUUCAACGACCUCCAGCGUUGCAUCUCUUUGCGGCUCCCACUGAACCUGCGGCUGGCCCACUCACGACGGAGCUGGUUCCGGAAGUGGCUGGCGGUGAGAGGGAGGAACCGGGAAAACCGUCGGACACCCCGCACCAUUCCUCGACACCCUCGUCUCCGUCAUCGGCGGCAUCGACACCGUCAUCCGGAUCGUCUUCGUCCUCCGUUUCGCCGUCCUCACCGACGUCACCCGUUUCGUCUUCGUCCUGUUCGUCCACCACCAAGCCGGGUGGUGGCGGGGGUGGCACGUAGCGAGGAGCCUUCCGUCCACCGACCGAUUCGAACGGUCCGAUUGCGUCCAGAGGCAAGUGAGCUCACGGCGGCACAUCCUUGAAUGGGUGUCCUUGGGAGUCUGUGUGUGCGUGUGCGUUCGUGUGGUGAUGGCCAUCUGGCGUGGUGUCGGUGCUAUCAACCUACCCGAAACGUUCCAGGUCCGUCCGGAAGUGUGCCUGGA